CUGCAGAAUUGGGCUGUGAAAGAAGAGCGAGAGUUUCCAUCCCCUGCAGCUUCUCCCUUGUAUCUGAAGGGUGGUGCAAGAGGUUGGCAGCGCUGCAGGAAACUGCUGCAUGCCCUUUGACAUGCUCACUGACCCUGCGCCCAGCCCGGGAGACUUGUUACUGCUUGCUUGCAUAAAAAUAAAGAGGAAGCACAUGACAAUUGGAAGAUAAAAAUGGGGAGAAACCCAGCAGAGGAUUGUUAGGAGGUGAGAGACAGAAAAAGAGAAACCAGAAGAGACUAAAACCUGGAGCAGAAGGUCCUGCAGAAGAUCACCUGCUUCUCAGCAUGAAAUCCAAAACGCAAUGAAUCAAGAAAAAAGGGAAAAGCCUGUGCCCUCCUCAUAGUAAAGGCUUGAAUCUUGAGCCAAGCUUUGAACCUCAGUGGGAAAUGCACACAGAAAAGGAACUAUGUGAGAGCUUGGAGUGUGGGAAUGGCUUCAGCAGGGGUGCAGCUCUUACUCUGCCCCAUAGAACCUGCACUGAGGAGAAGACACAUAAAUGCUCUGUGUGUGGAAAGAGCUUCAGAAGUAGUAGACAACUUACAUUACACCAAAGAAGCCACACUGGAGAGAAACCAUAUGAAUGCUUGGAGUGUGGGAAGAGCUUCAGCCGGAGUGCACAUCUUAAACGACAUCAUAUAACCCACACUGGAGAGAAACCACACAAAUGUCUGGAGUGUGGAAAGAGCUUCAGCCAGAGUGGACAACUUACUGUACACCAUAGAACCCACACUGGGGAGAAACCAUAUGAAUGCUUGGAUUGUGGGAAGAGCUUCAGCCGGAGUGAAUGUCUUAAACGACAUCAUAGAACCCACUCUGGGGAGAAACCAUAUAAAUGCUUGGAGUGUGGAAAGAGCUUCAGCCGGAGUGGACCUCUUACAUUACACCAUAGAACCCACACUGGGGAGAAACCAUAUGAAUGCUUGGAGUGUGGGAAGAGCUUCAGCCAGAUUAGAAAUCUUGAACAACAUCAUAGAAUCCACACUGGGGAGAAACCAUAUGAAUGCUUAGAGUGUGGGAAGAGCUUCAGUUGGAGUGCACAUCUUAAACGACAUCAUAUAACCCACACUGGACAGAAACCACACAAAUGUCUGGAGUGUGGAAAGAGCUUCAGCCAGAGUGAACACCUUACUGUACACCAUAGAAGCCACACUGGGGAGAAACCAUAUGAAUGCUUGUUGUGUGGGAAGAGCUUCAGCCGGAGUGAAUGUCUUAAACGACAUCAUAGAACCCAUACUGGGGAGAAACAAUAUAAAUGCUUGGAGUGUGGAAAGAGCUUCAGCCGGAGUGGACUUCUUACAUUACACCAUACAACCCACACUGGGGAGAAACCAUAUGAAUGCUUGGAGUGUGGGAAGAGCUUCAGCCAGAUUAGAAAUCUUGAACAACAUCAUAGAAUCCACACUGGGGAGAAACCAUAUGAAUGCUUAGAGUGUGGGAAGAGCUUCAACCAGAUUAGAAAUCUUGAACGACAUCAUAUAACCCACACUGGGGAGAAACCAUAUGAAUGCUUUGACUGUGGGAAGAGCUUUAACAGUAGUGGACAACUUAAUGUACACCAUAGAACCCACACUGGGGAAAAACCAUACAAAUGCUUGGAUUGUGGGAAGAGAUUCAGCCACAGUGGAGAUCUUACAUUACACCAUAGAACCCACACUGGGGAGAAACCAUAUAAAUGCUUAGAGUGUGGGAAGAGAUUCAGCUACAGUAAAGAUCUUAGAUUACACCAUAGAACCCACACUGGGGAGAAACCACAUACAUGUUUGGAGUGUGGAAAGAGCUUCACCCGGAGUGAAUGUCUUAAAGGACAUCAUAGAACCCACACUGGGGAGAAACCAUAUAAAUGCUUGGAGUGUGGAAAGAGCUUCAGCCGGAGUGGGCUUCUUACAUUACACCAUAGAACCCACACUGGGGAGAAACCAUAUGAAUGCUUGGAGUGUGGAAAGAGCUUCAGCCGGAGUGAAUAUCUUAACCGACAUCAUAGAACUCACACUGGGGAGAAACCAUUUAAAUGCUUUGAGUGUGGAAAGAGGUUCAGUACGAGGGGUGCUCUUUCUAUACAUCAUAGAACCCACACUGGGUAGAAAGCAUAUGAAUGCCUGGAGUGUGGAAAGAGCUUCAGCCACAGUAGAGAUCUUAGAUUACACCAUAGAACCCACACUGGGGAGAAACCACAUACAUGUUUGGAGUGUGGAAAGAGCUUCAGCUGGAGUGGACUUCUUACAUUACACCAUAGAACCCACACUGGGGAUAAACCAUAUGAAUGCUUGGAGUGUGGAAAGAACUUUAGCAGGAAAGACGCUUUUAGUUUACAUCUUAGAACAUAUAUUGGGUAGAAGUCACAUAAAUGCUUUAAAUUCGGACAGAGGUUCAGCAGGAGUAAAUCUCUCACUAGGCAUCAUAGAAUUCACACUGGGGAGAACCCAUUUAAAUUUUUGUGUGUGUGGCAAGAUCUCCAGCUGGAAUGAAGAACUUCUUAUACAUCAUAGAAACCAUGCUUGCAGUGUGGAAAGAGCUUCAGGAGAAAGCAAUGCCUUACUGCACAUGUGCAAACUCAUACAUUGUAUAAAUCAUACACACAAAACUUCAGACAAGACUGGGAAUCUUCCUCAUUUGUGUGAAAUAUGAAACCUCAUAAGAUUUCUUUUGAUUCAAUUUGCUUUUAACUUUGUUGCUUUUCAAGUGUCUUGGGCACCAUGCUGGCAGAUGUGUUUUUGUGUCCCUGUUAUGUACAGAUCUGCAUAAUUGGUUCAAAUUAAUUAAUGAAUAUUACUGUUUCACAGUCUUUGCUUUCUUUCAUUGACUGUGAAUACACUAAUGUGUUGGUUUCUACAGUGUGGACCCUGGGUGACAUAUUCUAAAUUUUAUUGUCCAAGAGGAGAUAUUUAGACAAGUUUCUCUCCCUAUCUAAGAACAGUCCUGUUGGAUCAGGCACUGGGCCCUUCCAGUCCAGCAUCCUGUUUAUUUACACUGGCCCACCAGAUGCCUUUGGGGAGCCCACAGUCA